AUGGGACAUUGGACAAUUAACUUUUCAAUACCUAUCUACGCCAUUUAUAAUUGUGAUCGCUUAUCUGAAAUCUGAAUUUGUAUUUUCAAUUUUAUAACUCCCGAACUAAUCAUCUCGGGUUUCGCUUCACAUACUGCCACUGGUAAACUUGGAAAAUAGAAUUCUGUAGCUACUUUCUUCUGAAUUAAACCAAUAGAUCAAGGAUAACAAUAUGAGUGAAGCACCAGAUCAGAUUGACGCCCAAAAUGAUCCAAAAGAAUUGGAGAAACUAGAAGAAGCUAAAUUGAAAGCAAAGUUCCCAAAUGCUAUGCUUGGUAGAGGACCUGGUGGGCACUCAGCUUUCUUACAGAAGCGAUUAGCUAAAGGGCAAAAAUUCUUUGAUUCUGGUGAUUAUCAAAUGGCAAAACAAAGACCGGGUAACCUGGCUGCCCCAUUCAAAGCUCCAGCAGCUCCUGCGAAGCACCCAACUGGAGAUGCUAUCCCCACACCAGAAACUGUGCCACUCAGGAAAACUUCAAUCAUCCAGCCCAAAUUUCAGCCUUCAAGCCAGACAUCUUAGCCUUGCCAUAUUGUACUAUCACACCUAGUUAUAAGUCUAGUUAUGAGUGCCCAAUCACUCAGUUUCACAUAAGUAUUUUAAUUUCCUUAAAAAUAUUUUUUUGUAGCCUUUGAUUUAUGUGUGACACACAUUCCAAAUAAUUUGUUAUAUGUGCCCCAAGAACAAUUAAUAGUUCAACCAGUUUUACUUCAACUAAAAACUGUUAGCGACUUGUCCAGCAAUGAGCAGAUUUAUUAUUUUCUUAUUUGGAGUUGUGUAAAUAGACUUACCUCAUAACACCUGAUUACAAUAACCUUUGCAACGUCAGUAACAUAAUAUGACCUACAAAAUCCAUAUGGUCAGAAUGUUACAGUAGUUAUGUAUUAAAUUAUAAAUGCAUUAAGUCCAGUGAUUAGCCCCUCGAAACAUAAGAUCUUAAUAUUUUUAUGUUUUGCUUUUUAAAAUAAAAUAAUAAAACACUUUUUUUUAUUAAACAUAUAUUAAUGUAAAAAUUAAUAUUAGUAGUGAAUGAUUUAAUGAAAAUAGUGCUAUAACAUAUUGUUCCUUCUCAUUUUUUGUAAAUUAAACGUGAAAUACAUACAUUCAUACAUUGUUAAUUUUUAAAUAAUAUAGGUUUAUACAAAUUACAAGUAAAUUAUUGAUUAUAUUACAACUCAUAUCCAUGGCAUAGUGUAUAUAACAAAGGAGCUUUUGUAGAUUAAAAAAACAACUAUUUUUAAAUGUUAGUCAUAGCUUUACAAAUGUCUCUUCAAUUCAAACAUUUGAUUUUAACAGGUUUUUAAUGGUGAUUCUAAUAAUGAAGACUUUUGUAUGUUCUUUUUCGGAUAAAUUCACUUAGCACUGUAAGAUAAUCAUAAAGGGAAUGUUAAGAUUUUAAGAAGAGUAAUGAAUCUUAUAAAAUAAAUACAUAAUUAAAU